AUGGAUUCUAAUAAAUUAUUAUAUAAAAAUUUCAGUCAACAAAUUGAACCACGAAUGUGGAAUCUAUCAUAUGCACCAUAUUCAGUACUAUGUCCAUCUCAUUCACUAAUAAGACAAGCGAAUGAAACCCUCUGUAAGGAAGAACAAACCUACAUCUCCAAUCGAAACCUAAAAACAGAACCAUUUCUAAAAUCACUAUUGUAUCACAACAAAAUUCCCAAAUUCGACAUCGAAUCCUUCUUUUCCAAUAAAUCAAAACCAACAAUUAUAGCACUUGCCUUCUCAGGUGGGGGAUAUCGAUCAAUGUUAUCCGGAGCCGGGAUAUUAUCGUCAUUAGAUUGUCGAAAUCCAGAUCUGUCUCCCUUAGGUGGGAUCUUGCAAGCUUCGACAUAUAUUGGUGGGAUAUCGGGCGGGAGUUGGUUGGUUAUGAGUAAUUUCGUGAAUGAUUUCGUGCCGAUUCAUGGGCUUGUGAAUAGUAGGAAUGAUGGAUGGAAUUUGCAGGAUCUGUUGUUGCUGGGGGUGCCGAAUUUUGAUCCGGGGGAUGUUCAGCGACAUAUUCUGGAGAAGCUGACGAUAAGUAAUGAAACUGGGAUAAAGAGGAAGGAACAAAAACAACAACAGGGGGGAAUUUUUGGGAAUAUUCUUAGGUUUUUUAGUUUUGGGAAAACAAAUCUGACUAUACCCAUAUCUGAACAAGUCAAAGAUGGUGGGAUAGAAGAAGAGGAUAGUACGUUGUUGUAUACCUGGGUGAGGAAUUUAUUCUCAAAACCAAAAGGAAGUGCUGCUUGGAAUGCUACUAAUAAUCUGAACAAAGAAAUUGCAUUGAAAGAAUAUUUAAAGUUUUAUAAAGAAUUACUUAUAGAAGUCAAGGACAAGAAACGAGCAGGGUAUCAUACUAGUCUAACUGAUUAUUGGGGUCGAGCAUUAGCCAGAAGGAUAUUUACAUCACAAGCCCGAACACCUGGGGUUACAAUCACCGCCGCGACUGAAUCACUUGGAUCAUUUUUGAAUUAUGAACAACCAUUCCCCAUAAUUGGAACGGUGGAGAAAGAUCCUGGACAACUGGAGACAAGUAGUUUGGAUUCUCAUGUGUUUGAAUUUACUCCAUAUGAAUUUGGAUCUUGGGAUUCAUAUUUGAAUGCUUUCGUACCGAUAAAAUACCUUGGAUCACAUUUAAAUAAUGGGAAAUCAAUACAUAAGACCGAUAAUGAAAAUUAUAGUUAUUGUACGUCAGGGUUUGAUAAUGUUGGGUUUAUAACUGGGACAUCAAGUUCAUUGUUUAAUCAUAUCUUUGUAUAUGUUUAUAAACUAUUAAAUAAUUUUCAACUGGAGACUACAUUGGCCAUUGAAAGUAUAUUAAAAUCAUUUGGAUUAAGUUCAGAAUGGAAAUCACUCAAGAGUCCACAACUACAUCCUGAUUAUGCUUUAUAUUCGCCAAAUCCAUUUUAUCAAUUUAUUAGCGGUGAUUCAUCAAGUACAAUUGCUGAAAGUUCUGAUUUAUAUUUAGUUGAUGGAGGAGAUGAUGGACAAAAUAUCCCAUUUCAACCAUUUUUAAGAUCGGCUAGAAAAGUGGAUAUAAUAAUUGCAUUUGAUAUGAGUUGUGAGAGGGAUAAUUUCCCUAAUGGAACCGUAUUACAAAAGACAUCAAAUCGAUAUAACCAAUUGAAUAAUACUCAUGUUGGAAUCCAAUAUUUUCAAGUUCCAAAUACUUCAAUUAUAAAAUCCAUAUUCCCCAGAGUUCCUACCCUGGAAGAGAUAGUAAGAGAUGGAUUAGUUGGGAGACCAUUAUUUCUUGGAUGUGAUAUUUUGAGAGAUUAUGAGACAUUGGAACCAGUAGUCACUGGAUCAUUAUAUAAAGAAAUGGAAUUACCUCCAGUAGUUGUUUAUUAUAGUAAUUAUAAUUAUAGUUUUGCAGCCAAUACUUCAACGUUUCAAUUAAGUUAUAAUAAAGAAGAAGUAAAUGGAAUGAUUAAUAAUGGAUAUAAUUUGGCUACUUUUAUGAAUUCUACUUUAUAUCCAAUAUGUUUAAAUUGUAUAAUCUUAAAGAGAGAAUUUGAUAGAAUUCAAUAUGGAAGUUAUAGUGAGAAGAAAAAGAUGAGGAAGAAGCAAAGUGAUUUUGUCAUACCAAAAACUUGUGAAACUUGUUAUGAGGUUUAUUUGUUUAUAUUACAUCGUACAGGACAAAAUGCUGCUGCUAUGGUACAUGCUCAAGCAUCUGACCAAAUAGGUAAUAAGCAUGCAGCUCAUAAUCCAGCAGAAUUAAAGAAACCAACAACCAACAACAACAACAACAAUAAUAAUAAUAAUGUUGAUAUUUCUAAUAAAAUAAUUGAUUCUGCCAAUGAUGAUAAAGCAGAUGAAGAAAUUAAUCAAAAGAUAAAUCAAGAAGUUCAAUCCUCAAAACAAGGAGGAUCAACAGGAGCCAAGAACGACAAUCCUGCUGCAGAUAACGGGGCAUAUGAUCCAGAAAAGGAUUUAAUCGAUAUAAGAUCCUUAUCUCCCAUGACUGUAUUUUCAAAAACUUUCUGUCCAUUUUCUGCAAGACUUAAAGAAUUACUUCAAACUUAUGAAUUCACUCCACAAUUCAAUAUUGUUGAAUUAGAUAAACAUGAGCAUGGUCCUGAAUUACAAGCUUAUUUAAAGGAGAAAACAGGUAGAGGAACCGUGCCUAAUGUAUUAGUUGGUAAGACUUUAGAAAGUAGAGGUGGAAGUGAUGAUUUUGCCAAGUUUGCUAAAGAUGGUGAAUUGAUUAAUUUAUUGGUUGAAUGGGGUGAAGGAAGAUUGCAAGUAACAAAGAAAGAUGCUCCUUCAAAUGCUUAG